GUGUUUUCUCUUUUCAUUUGGUUUAUGCAGUGGUGAGGGAUUUUUUCUUCUAUAAAUUGUGUUAAUUACACUGUCCCUUUCUUACAUUCAAGAUGAGAAACUUUUACUUGAUCUUGCUUCAUAUUUUCCUAACAUUUGUGUUGACACAUUCAGCGCCUAAAGGAUCUCUUAUAACCAAUGUUCCAGGCUUCAAUGGAUCUCUACCUUCAAAGCACUAUGGAGGGUAUGUAACAAUAGAUGAAAGUCAUGGUAAGAACUUGUAUUACUAUUUUGUUCAAUCAGAAGGCGAUUCAUCAAAGGACCCUAUUGUUCUAUGGCUGAAUGGUGGACCAGGAUGUUCUAGUUUUGAUGGUUUUGUAUAUGAACAUGGUCCUUUUAAUUUUGACAAACCUGUCAAUGGAUCCUUGCCUAAGUUGCAUCUCAAUCCAUACAGUUGGUCAAAGGUUUCCAACAUUAUAUAUUUGGACUCACCCGUUGGAGUAGGAUUUUCGUAUUCGAAAAAUACAUCUCAGUACGAAACUGGAGAUGAAAAGACUGCGACUGAUUCACAUACUUUUCUCCUCAAAUGGUUUGAAUUAUAUCCUUAGUUUCUUGCAAACCCCUUAUACCUUGCUGGAGAAUCUUAUGCUGGAGUUU